AUGUCGUCUCGCAACACACUGCAAUCAACAAGUUCAAAAGUUGAACGCUCGAUGAAAUGGGUAGGACGUGAGGAUAUUCUCUUUGGAAUGAAUAUUAUCAUCGCCGUAGUUGCGAUAGCUGGAGCUGUACAUGGCGAAUUGAUCAAGGAGUCCUGGAUACCUAUGGACUUGUGCUCUAAUCCAAAAUACCAGCGCGAAGGUGGAGAUAUGAUCCGUGUUAUAAUGGUAUACUGUGGAUUAAUGACAGUUCCAUACAAGAUUUCUUCUAUACCGCCGGCUACUUCACAAGCUGAACAAGCUAGGAGAGAAGGACGGCACAGAGAUGGAACUAGGCGAGUAGAACCUCUAUGGUUGCAAAAAGCAGAGUCCGAAAAGAAAAAAUCUCCAAUCUCCUCGGAUGAUGGAGCUGACAGUGGUGGAUGGAUUCCUGGCUGGAAACCGUGGAUGGGUGUAGGACCAGCAGAACCUCCAUCGUCGCACAAAGCAGAGUCCGAAAAGAAAAAGUCUUCAAUCUCCUCGGACGAUGGAGCUGACAGUGGUGGAUGGAUUCCUGGCUGGAAACCGUGGAUGGGUUUAGGACCAGCAGAACCUCCAUCGUCGCACAAAGAAUACCAGCGCGAAGGUGGAGAUAUGAUCCGUGUUAUAAUGGUAUACUGUGGAUUAAUGACAGUUCCAUACAAGAUUUCUUCUAUACCGCCGGCUACUUCACAAGCUGAACAAGGUAGAGUAUUUGUGUAUCAUAUGAAUGGAGAACUUCCCCAUGAUGAAUCAGGACUGUUUGAAUCUCAAGAUGCAUAUUGA